CGUGCGCAUUUAACCAGACACAGCUCGUGGUCGGGACUCCAGUGAGAGGGUCUAUGGGACAGAUAACAGCCCUUCAGGACUGACAGCAGUCCUCACAAACAUCUACAGACUGAUUGAAAUCCAAACACACCGACAGUAAUGAUGGCCACAUCCGUCCGGACUCUUUGCGCGCUGCUUUUCAUCUGCGCCCUCGUUCCCAACCGCACCGAAUCCAAGCGCAACCGCGGCGCGAUUCCUCAUCCCGACAAGAACAAUCCGAACGAGUCAGACCAGCACCCCCGUCAGGCCGGCUCCGACUCGAGAGGCAGAACCCGAAGCUCUUCUGAAGAGGUUCUGGAGUCCAGCCAGGAGGCUCUGCACGUGACCGAGCGCCGCUACCUGAAGCGCGACUGGUGCAAGACGCAGCCGUUAAAACAGACGAUCCACGAGGAGGGAUGCGCGAGCCGCACCAUCAUCAACCGCUUCUGCUACGGCCAGUGCAACUCCUUCUACAUCCCCAGACACGUGAGGAGAGAGGAGGGAGCCUUUCAGUCCUGUUCCUUCUGUAAACCCAAAAGAUUCACCACCAUGACCUUCACCCUCAACUGCCCCGAUCAGCAGCCGCCGACUCGCAAGAAGCGCGUGCAGCGGGUCAAACAGUGCCGCUGCGUCUCCAUAGAUCUGGUCUAGAGAGCCUGUCUGGAGGAUGUAACACGGAUGGAUCCACGCAGAAAGCGUCACUCAGUAAGAACACACGUUUGAUCUGAUGGAACUGAUCUAAACAGGCGUGCGUAAAAGCUGUCCACAUUACACUACUGUAGGUCUGUCCAACCAGACUCACAUAUCCGCUCUUUAUUAGCAGCUGCUAGAAUUAAAGUCAAAUUCACCACCAUCACGAGGAACCAGAUGACUAUCAAAUCAUCUUGAAUUUGAGUUUCUUUGCAUCCUUCAUGUAGACUUCAACCAUUUAUUCGAUGGACGCAGGCGCAUUUUAUAUUCGUAUAAACUGUUUUAAACAUUCUGCGUUUUAAAUCACGCGCACACACAUUCAUUCAGUCACAUGUCUGUAAUAUUUUGUAUGUUUGCGUUUCUGAAAGUCAGAAGUGGUUUUCUGUUAGGCUAAUGUUAAAACUGAACUGCAUUAAAAAAUCUCCAUUAGUUAUUAAAUCAUAUCGAUUGGGAUUUUACAUAAAAUAUGUGUAACGCAAUUUAUAACAAUUGAUCACACGGCAAAUUUCAAUUAUUAUUAUUAAACAGCAUGUCAAAUAUCUCACAGUGAGUUCCAGAAGUUUGAAGUGAUCAGAGGAAGGUUUUUACCCUCCAUUACUAUUAAUAAUAUCAGUAAUUUGAAUAAUAAGUGAAAUUGAUUUUGUAGAACAAAACUUGGACCUCUUGAAGACAGAACAUAACAGUUCAGAGCUCACACGUAGUGACCACACAGUUAUUUUGUGCAUGGUUUGUCCGAAUAUUGUUUAUUUUCAAGUUUAACUCAGCACAUUAUGGUGAUGUCAGAACUUUGGA